AUGGGUGUUACCGGCCUUUGGACAGUGUUGCAGCCCUGCGCCCGACCUAUCAAACUCGAGACACUCAACAAGAAGCGGCUAGCCGUUGACGCGUCAAUCUGGAUUUAUCAGUUCCUAAAAGCAGUGCGCGACAAGGAGGGUAAUGCCCUCCGUAACUCACAUAUUGUCGGCUUCUUUCGAAGGAUAUGCAAGCUUUUAUACUUUGGAAUCAAGCCGGUGUUCGUCUUCGAUGGCGGCGCACCGGUGUUGAAACGACAGACGAUUGCGGCGCGGAAGAAAAGAAGAGAGGGUCGAAGAGAAGAUGCGACAAGGACUGCGGGGAAGUUGCUUGCAGUGCAAAUGCAGCGGACCGCAGAAGAAGAAGCGGAGUCGCGACGACGGAACAAAAAGCGUCCCCAAGAUGAAGAGGAGGUGGUGCCUGAUGCCCCAGUCUAUGCGGACGAGGCUCUCAUGACCGAGCAGGAAAGGCAAAAGAACCGAAAAUUCAAAAAGAAGGACCAGUACCACUUGCCGAACUUGGAUGUCUCGCUUGAAGAGAUGGGUGCUCCGAAUGACCCUCGCAUUAUGUCCCAGGAAGAGUUGGAGGAAUAUGCACGACAGUUCCAUCAGGGCCAAGAUAUCAACCUCUACGACUUUUCUAAAAUAGACUUUGACAGUCCUUUCUUUCUCAGCCUGCCGGCCACGGACAGGUACAAUAUUUUGAAUGCAGCCCGGCUUAGGAGUCGACUGAGAAUGGGUUAUUCCAAGGAACAACUUGAUACUAUGUUUCCCGAUCGCAUGGCCUUCUCAAGGUUUCAGAUUGAACGAGUCACGGAACGAAAUGAUUUAACGCAACGACUAAUGAACAUCAAUGGUAUGAACGGAGAAGAGGCUUUCUACAAGUCUGGACAGCGAAUCGCUGGCGAGCGUGGACGAGAAUACGUCCUAGUCAAAGACAGCCAAAAUGAAGGUGGCUGGGUUUUGGGUGUUGUGGGAAAUAAGGAUGCGGGACAGGAAGACAAGCCUAUUGAUGUAGAUCAAUAUGGCCUGCCGGACCCUAUAUCAGACUCGGACGAGGUGUCGGAUGAUGACGAGUUUGAGGAUGUGCCUAUCGAAGGGGUCAACAGACUACCCAAGCUGCCGUUCCUUCAAGAGGGAGUUUUCGAUACCUCUUUACAGCAAGCUCAAGAAGAUAGAGACUUGCAAAAAGCAAUAUUCGAGUCACGCAGAAAUCCUCCCACUGCCUCUAACCGGAAAGCCGAUGAGAAUGCGCUUUUCGUCCAAGACGAUCAGGAUAUCCUAUCGCAGUCCCGGCGUCAAGAUUCAGACAUAUUCGAAGAAGAUGAACAAGACGAGCUCGCGAGAGCCCUCGCACUUUCAAUGCAGACCAACGAAGAUGCAGACGAAGACAUGCCUGACAUUUCUCUUAACCGGCCUUUGCAGGCUAUAACGGCUCCAGAACCUUUGCCAGAACCGACCUUUGAUGAAAGUGACGACGACAUGGACUUUUCAGCUGCAGUUGCUCAGACGAAGGUUUCCGAGAAGAAGUCUCUCAUUGAGAACCCAUUCUCUGGACCGCUUCCUUUCGAAUCUAUCACACUAAACAAGGCCACUAAGAAGCCCGACGAACCUCCUGAACUGGACGAGGAUGCUGGUGGCUUCGUCAAGGAGCCUGCGAAAAAGAAGAAGAAGAAGACCGAGCCGCUUCCACCGUGGUUCUUUGGAGACAAGUUGAGUGAAGAAUUUAUUUCGGAGCCAAUUUUCGAGAACGACAGCAAGGAUCAAAAUGACGCACACCAAGAUCACUUGUUCCUCUCAAAUCGGCGAUCACCAGAUAUCAUCGAGGUUGAUGACACCCCGGAGGUCAAGGAAGUGAUUGAUCUAGAUGAAGACUCAGAGAAGAUCCCUGAAGCCCCUAUGCCUAUCGAAGCCAUUUUAUCGGAAGAAGCAGAAACAACGAAACCAGAGUCCCCUCCUCGCCCAUCUGUGGCUGCAGAGUCUGUCGAAAAUGAGAUUAUCCAUAGUGCGCUCGAGGCCAAAGCCACAGCUGGAGAACCUCAUGUAGUCACUAUCGAAGAAGACGUGAAAGAGGCCAAUGUACCAGAUCAAUCUUUCCAGGAAGAGUCAUCUCCCGAACCCGAGUUUGAAGAUGUCGUACCCCCUUCUCCCGCUCCUGUCCCAACCGCAGGCCCUCCUGAGAUUACUGUGGUCACCGAUCGAUAUCCCGAGCCAGAAGAGGAACUUGCGCCGCCUGAUCUUCUCCGCCAAGACGAUGGCGACUUCAGUGACCCAGAGGAUGAAGACCUCAUGCGACAACUAGCAGCUGAAGGGGAGGAGCACGUCCGAUUCGCGCAAACCCUCAACUCGGAUGUCAUUCUCAAUCAGGUUGACUACGAGAAAGAACUCAAGCAACUCCGGAAUCAACAACGGAAAGAUCGACGAGAUGCAGACGAGGUGACACAGAUUAUGAUCAAUGAGUGCCAGCAGCUGCUCCGACUUUUUGGACUGCCCUAUAUCACUGCUCCGAUGGAGGCCGAGGCGCAAUGUGCCGAGCUUGUCACCUUGGGGCUGGUGGAUGGGAUUGUCACCGACGAUAGUGAUACUUUCCUUUUCGGUGGCACCCGCGUCUACAAAAACAUGUUCAACCAGAGCAAAUUUGUGGAAUGCUAUCUAUCGUCCGACUUUGAGAAGGAGUACGCGCUCCACCGACGCAAGCUUAUCAGCUUUGCACAUCUUCUUGGCAGUGAUUAUACUGAAGGCAUCCCGGGUAUUGGCCCCGUCAAAGCCCUCGAAAUCAUCACCGAGUUCUCAGGCCUUGAAGAGUUUCGAGAGUGGUGGACAGAGCUCCAGAUGGGUGUCAACAAGCCAGACGAUGCGCAUCUGGCCUUCCGGAAGAAAUUCCGUAAACAAGCCUCAAAGAUCUUCCUUCCACCGUCGUUCCCCGACACCCGGGUUGAUACCGCCUACCUGGAGCCUGAAGUCGAUGCAGACCCAUCGCAAUUCCAAUGGGGUGUGCCAGACCUCAAUGGCCUUCGACAAUUCCUCAUGACGACCAUCGGCUGGAGUCAAGAGCGCACCGACGAGGUCCUGGUGCCGGUCAUUCGAGACAUGAAUCGUCGGGCGCAGGAAGGCACACAGUCGAACAUUACGCAGUUCAUGCAGGGCCCUCUGGGCGCGGGAGCAUUUGCGCCACGGGUACGUAGUGGUGGUCCCAGCCGAAUGGAGAAGGCCUUCGGCCGACUGCGGCAGGAGGCCCGUGGUGAGGAGCCGGCAGCUGCACCAGCAGGUGCAGAUACAGCCACCGAGGAUCGGGCCGAGGAGGGCUCGAGCUCGGGCAAACGAGGGAGUAAAGGUGCCAAGGGUGGCGCCAGUAAGAAGCGAAAGAUGGGUGUGGACUCGUCGGCUGCAUGA